AUGAAGCCCUGGAUGCUCCUCGUCGGGGUGGGGAUGGCCUUGGGCUACCUGUACACGGCCCCCGACUCCUGCAAGGGGCGCUGCGAGGAGCCCUACAGCGAGGAGGACGAGUGCCACUGCGACGCCGAGUGUGAGAGCCACUACAACUGCUGCGAGGACUACUACGAGCACUGUGGGGAAUGGGAUGAGGAAGCAGCACGCAGACAUGCUGAGGGUUUCUCCAGCAGCCACGAUGCCGUCACCGACGAGGAGCUCCUGCAGGUCUCCGAGCAGCUCUACGGGGCCGAUCACAACAAAGCCCGGCCCCAGGACAUCACCAUCAACCCGCAGUACCGGGCUGCCCCUGAUGAGACGGAUGACCAGGAGGAUCGCUCCCCCCGGCCGCUCUAUGCGUACGUGAAUGAGAAGCUCUUCUCCAAACCCACCUACGCCAGCUUCAUCAGGCUGCUGGACAACUACCAGAGGGCGACCGGCCGGGAGGAGGAGGUGACAGCGGAGGAGCUGAUGGAGCAGGACAUCUUCCUCAGGGAGGUGAUGAAGACUGAGCUGAUGAAGAAACUCUUCGCUUUCCUCCAUAAGAAAAACCGCUACGGCUCCGAGCAGGAAUUCCUUGCGGAUUUGAAGGAGAUGUGGUUUGGCCUCUACUCCCGAGGCAACGGCGAGAAGGACUCCAGCGGCUUCGAGCACGUCUUCUCGGGGGAGAUUAAAAAAGGGCAAGUGAGCGGAUUUCACAACUGGAUCCGCUUCUACCUCCUGGAAAAGCAGGGACUCGUCAACUACUACAGCCACAACUACGACGGGCCGUGGGACACCUACCCCGACGUGCUGGGGCUGCAGUUCAGCUGGGAUGGCUUUUACAAGGAGGUGGGCUCUGCGUUCAUCGGCUGCAGCCCCGAGUUCGAGUUCGGCGUCUACACGUUGUGCUUCAUCGCCCGUCCUGGGAGGGCAUGCCACCUGAGCCUGGGUGGCCACAGCAUCAGCAUCCAGACCUACACCUGGACCAAGUCCACCUACGGCCCUGGCAAGAAAUACAUCGCCACCGCCUACGUGAUCUCGCCCUGA